AUGGCAGCUCUCCCACUCCACGACAACCAGCAUAUGCCCGCCGACCCCUACCACACUCAGACAACCACGCCGUCCUCCUCCUCCCCGAGGCCCGCCAAGCGACUGGCACCCGGACUCGAGCUGCGUUUGCGACGCCUCGAGGAACAGAGACGUCGCAAGGACGCAGAGGCCCGUCGCAAACAGAGCAUUGGCCGUAUCCCGGACGAGCAGCUCGCGGAGCUCGAGCGAUUGCAGCGGGAAGGGGCCGUCAUCGAGGUCCAGCGGAGGGGGACAACCUGGACAGGUCCGCCCGUGAGAGUCUCAGGAAUGCCAGCGGGCGGCGUCCGACUUAGCGGUGGCCCUGUGCUCACGGACAAUGAGGCUUCCAUGCUGGAGAGCGACGUCUCUUCGAUCAUAGACAUUAGCGACAAUCUGGUCCCCUCCGAUACCGAGGACGACCGCGACGAAUUGCAGGACAACCACAAGUAUCGCAUGCCGGAUAUUGGCAAGACGCGAUUGCACUUGCAUACCAAGGAAACACUGAGUCCAGGACCCAAACAACCUCGGAUACGACAGAAUAGCAGCUCGACCCCGACUACACCUCGCACGAACCCAAACGGAGCCUCGCCUGGCAGGAUGGACUUCCCGCCCAACUGGCACAGCCGCAACAUGAGCGUGGACAGCGUCAAUGAGGAUGGAUUUUUCCCGAGCCUGUCACGAGCAGGCUCGAUCCAUACACUGGGGCGAGCAAGUUUUACAGGCCAAUUGGCGCAGCUGACUGCCAUGCGACUGCCCGAUGCCGACUCCCUGGCCAAGAGGAUAUCUUCCAUGCCCACGGCAACUGAGGCUGCCAAGGCACUGUCAGAUGCGUCUGAGCAGAUUCGACUCUGGAUCAGCAAGGCAUCGGAUGUGCUGGAGGGGUUGAAUGCCGAGGAUGAUGUUGAGUGGGCUGCAGCUGGUGGUAGGGAGGGCAUUGAGGAUGUGGAUCAGGCUAUUAACCGGUUUCAACAACUCAUCGAGGUGUACAUCCUAUCGAUCGAGCGACUUCAGACACGAGACGACGUUGCGUUGCUAUCCGCAGACGAGAUCAAGAGCAGCGUGGGGCAGAUGGAGACGAUCAUUGCAAGCUGGAAGAAGAUCAAAGAUACACUUAAAGGUGUGAAAGAGCAGGUUGAGAUCGCAAUGGAGUGGGAAGAGCUAUGGAACAAAGUUCUAGGAGAGAUUGCCCAAGAGGUGGAGGCUCUGAACCGACUGGUAUUUGAAAUGGAGGAGAAGCGUCACCAAGGGGCGGAGAGUUUGCUUACAUCCAGAGACAGCAUAGACAUCAGCGAGCUCGAGACGAUUAUAGAAGAGCAACCUGGAAGAGCAAAACCUACGCUCGCCAAUCGCCUCAGCUUAUCAACACAAUCGGUCGAGUCACCACUACGGACACCUCCACCUGUGGCCGACAAGGAGAAUGGCAGCCUGCUAGCACUCUUCGCACGGAUGCAACCUUUGAGAGCCUCGCUGGACUUCCUCCCUAUCCGACUUACCGCAUUUCACGUUCGGGGGAAUGUUAUCUUUCCGAGCGCGAGCGUAGAUCUGGAGCAACGGCGGGAGCAACUGGAGGGCCAAUGGAAGAAGCUAGAAGCCGACGGCGAGUCACUGAGGCGAGAAUUGGGAGAGGAUAGAUGGAUACUGGUCUUUCGGAAUGCUGGACGACAAGCAAUGAAGAUGUGCGAGUCGAUCACUCGAAGUUUCCAAAAGCUGAAGGACGCCAUCGACUCCAAUGAGCAGCAGACCAACCCGUCUUCGGUGACUAACAAAGUGGAGAACUAUGAGCAGAAGAAGAGACAUUACGGACCUGCCAUCGAGCGCGUGCUCGCGAUCAUCGACCGUGGCGUGAUGGACCGGCUUACCGUCAAUGGUGAAAUAUUGCGGUUGCAGAGUGACAUGAAGCGUCGAUGGACUUCCCUCCAGCUCGAGAUGGCUGAUAUGGAUCGGGUCAUUGAGGAACUGAAUUGCGAGCGGCGCGAUCAGCAUUUGCGGGACUCGGUCUCGACAGUCAUAUCCAGCGAACGAUCUCUGGGAAGCAGCAUGGUUGACACACCAGGAAGCUCCCCUGCCAGCAGCAUAGUGGGAAGUAGGAAAGGCAGCUUCGGGUCCAGAACGCCAACACCUCUCACAAACAUCAAGACAAGGAGCAGCAGCACCAAUCCCAAGAAUCGGGCCCUAUCAAGCUCACUACCUCGAAGGAGCUUACUUCCCAAGGCCUCGAUAUCCAACCUUCACUCACCCAGCCCCAAAUCCUCGCCGUCAUCGAUACCCACGCCGUCGAAACAAGCGAUGUGGCCCAGCAGGCCUGAGCCUGAACUGCCGAGCAACAAGUCUCGAUGGGUCAGUCUCGCAAAGGCGCAAUCUCGCGACUAUCGCCCACUGUCGGCUUACGAGCCAUCGCCGUACGCGAAGACUCCAGUGACGCCCAAAACCAACUUCCUUCGAGCGACGUCGAAAUUGAGCGAUACGCCCGUGAACCGAACACCAGUCCCACGCAUCGUCAGUGAACCGAAUCCUCCAUCCUCGAUCCCUCGACCGACUUCAGUCAUGGGCACUAGCAGAAAAUCAUCACUGCCUGUGCCGUCAGGUACACCGUCAAAAUCGAGGCCUUUAGCACACAAGCAGUCAGCACCGGCUUUGCGAACAGCUUCCCGUUUCGCCAGUGGUAGAAGAAGCAGCAUGAUGCCGGUACCGCCGAAGUUCACGGAUGGGAACGAUGCGGAUACCGAGACGCCCGCCCACCACAAGAGACCCCCUAGUUCUCUCGGCGGCGGCAGGAGGAGUAGUAUGCUGCCUCCGCGGGCGACAAGCAGGAUGGACAACACUGCUGCUGACGACGGCAAGCCCAAGUGGCGUCCAUGA